AUGACCACCAAAGUCGCCCCAUGGCUGCAGGGCCUCAGCGACGAUGCUUGGGAACUACCACAGCAGCGAGCUUUGGCAAGCAGUGUCUCUUCAGCCAGCCACGACGCAGGAUCAAUUCGAAGCAGCAAAAUCCCCAGACGCAGUCUCAGCGGGCUCCCAUCGUCGCUCUCCCGGCAGACCAGUUCUUCACAAGCAUCCACUCAGAAAAGGCGGAACCCGCUUGCAGCCCUCUCAAUGAAUGAGACCAACACCCUUCGACGGCAGGAGGGCAACGUGCGACCUGCUACCACGCGCUCAGCAUCGGAGGGCUCAGAUGAAUCUUUUGCAGCAUGUGGUACGGUUCAACAGCGGUCGAAGAGCGCCUCGCCAGCCAAGAAGCAGGAAACGAUGGAGUGGAAGAGGCGACUUGUCCAUGGGCGAGUGGGCUACGGUGAUCAGACAGACUUGUUUGGACCGUCUGGUCUUGAGAAUAUUUUUGCUGGUCCCAAGGAGGAUGAGAACGACCAGCCCAAACCGAAGAGCAGGAUGAACUGGCUGCAGAAGUCCUCCGAUAUACCAAUGCCGUCUAGUCCGCCGCCUUGGCCAUCGAGCUUCAUCAAUCCACACAACUGUGCGCAGGAGGAACCGUUGGAUGUUGUUGGGGGGGAAGAAGACCGAUCGAGCCCCAGUGCGAAAGACUUUGAGGCAGACGAGAGCUUCCGAAGCAAUCCGUUCGAUCUGGAGAGUGCCGCCCAACGUUCAGCAGACCUGGAGAACAGCCGCCAGCGGUCGAAAGGACAUCUUUCCAGCCCCAACACGGCCUUCGCCGAGCUUUCUGAAGGCGAGGCAGCUGGCAAUCGAACCGUCAGUGGGCAGACAGAGCUAUCGCAAGAGGACUUCAGUCCCGUUUUCAUCUCCAAGCACCACACAGUAACGGGACAGGUGGGCUAUACCGCUCUCGACUCGCACACGAUCAAACAAUUCCAGAGCGUGAAGGUUGACCUACGCCAUCCGAGCCAGACAAACCAACAUCAGAGCAGCGGCUCCGAAGAGCAGGAUGAAGUGGACGACUCAAACUUCACAGACGGCACCGAAGGGCAGGAAGAAGAGCAAGAUGAGUCUGUUGCGCCUGACCUUUCUUUCUCAGAGAAUCUGCCAACGGGCUCGCCGUUUCCGAAUCUUGGAAAGCACGUCGAGCUCAGACGUGGUGGCUAUUCACAGUACGGCUCUUUUAAGAGGAAGCCUUUGAGCCCCUCGCAGUCUACCAUGGCACUUUCGAAUCAUCCGGAGGCGAGCACACUGCUGUCGCCAAUCCUAUCAGAGGGACAUCAGAGGUCUCCGUCACCGACGCCUCCAAGGACGCCAAGCGUACGUGCUGACGGUGAGGAGCCAAAGUCAAGGCCAUCUGGCAGUCCACUGAAGCUUUUCGGUGCUCACGAUACCUUCACCAAUAACAGGCUCCUCAGACGAAUGAGCCAGCUGAAUCCCGACGGCACCCUUCGGCUGCCAGCAGAGGCAGCCCAACAAGGUGCAAGCGAAGGCCGCCGAGUCACAUCUAAUGGCUCAUUCGGCCAAGGCGAGCUCGAUGAUCACCAAUUCGAUGCCGAGAUCACUAUCACUUCCGCUUCUGACGAUAGUGGCAAGAGAAGCGACAGCUCGCCUGGCUCAGAGGUCCCUGUACCUGGAAGCAAGAUACCGAUGGCUUUCCGUUUUGACGUCUCACCUCACAUCACCGAAACAUACAAGCUCAAGAGGAAGCUGUCCAAGCAUAGCACUGCGACAUCAAGAGGGUCAACAUUGGACGGGACGUCGGCGCCAUAUGCGGCGAUGCAACCAACGGUCGAGGAUGCCUCGAUAUCGCAGCUACAGGCCGAGCCAGCCGAUGAAGCACCACGAAGCUACGCAGAAGGCAAGCGACCACCAACAUCGCCAUUCAAGAGCCCGACGCCGAAACGACGUCGCACACUGCAUGCAUCCGAACUUGAAGAUUACAUGACGAGGGUCAAUGACACUUACCACAGCCAGCUGCAGGAAGCAGUCAGCAGUCGCAAACGCAAGGAUGCACGGCAUGGAGACAGCCAGAUCACAGCCGGUCCAGAGGUCCUGGCACAGCGCAAGAUUCUCCGACCACGCAACCCGACGCCUAGUCAGUGCCGGCGCGAGCAGAUCGAAGCUGAACUUAGGGAGGCAGCUGCAGAAUUUGCCGAGCAGGAACCUGAGAAGCUGGAAGCAGUGCUGGAACAGAUUGAGUCUUCGAUGACAUCUGAGUCGCCACAGACGCUGCAGCAACAAGCACAGGCUGUAGCUUCGGAAGUUGCUGCCUUUACGCUCAAAGUCCGCAGACCAUCCGGUGAGCUCGGGGAGCGAAAGCGCUCGGUAACCACGCAGGACUUCCUCAAUGAGGCGAUGAUGGUGAUGAACCUCAUUCGCGCCAAAGCAAGACCACAAAGCAACUUGGGCAGCGUGGAGGAGUCGGAUGCAGAGCCAUUGGCUCUAAGUGCGCGCAAUGAUGGGUCGAUCCCAGAGGAGUCACUGCUGCGGAUCUCAAGGCCGCCAUCACGCGAGGGAUCUGGGUGGAGGCAGCGCAUGCCUGCUCAGACAGACGCUAGGGUCGUCAGCCACCUUCGCAAGUUCCAGGAGCAAGACGAGCGGGAUGACACGGACUUCAUUGCCAACUCGAUAGCCUCGCUGCAAGUGGACGACGAGGAAAUCAACGAUCAGGUCAUCUUCACCGACGAGCAUGCAAACAUCCGCAUUACUGGGCCGCCGUCCGAUAGAGGCAAGGCAAAUAACGAGGAAGAUUCCCAGCCAAGUUCUCAGCGGUCGCAAGGUAGUGCCACCGACACUCAGAAUUCCAAUGGGACAUCGACUGGGCGCACGAUUGGCACCAGCUCGACUCGCAAAUCCGACAACGUUGGCACACUGGCCCCGGACGCAGUCGCACAUCUCAUUGGGGAACAAGUCGGGGGCAUGACUUUCGACAAAGAACAGCAGCGCUGGGUACGAGUGGGCAAGAGUCCGGCGAAGAGCCAUGGUAGCUUCUUGGAGCUGCCCAGCACUGUGACCAGCGAUGACGAUCCUUUUAGAGAGAUAUCGGACUUGCCGAUCGACGAGCAGAACGAGAUGCGCAGGAUCAGCUCCCCUGCGAAGCUAGUCCAGGAGAAGGCUGCUGUGGGAACACUCUCUUCGGCACACGACCAAGCUGAGGAUGGUGCAAGCCAGCAGCAGAUCACCGAGAGCCACGCCACAUCACAAGAAACCGUGAUCUCGCGACCAGUCACACGGGAAGGGCCUGGCAUCCGGCAUAAUCAUUCCAGCUCGGUACCAUCGCGGUACACGGCUUUUGCAUCAAGCCAGCAGCAGGAUGAGGUCCAAACGCGAGCGACGUCUUGGAGCGAUGAGGAGCUGGCCCGUAUGUCUGCGUUUGGCAGAGCGAAGCAUCAGCCUCUGGAAUACGCUGCUGCGCAGACUGCACUGGCAACGCACGGCAACCUCGAAACCAUCGAGCAACAAUCGGAGAGCGCGGAUUCUAGCGUUGAGACGACGAUUCCUGCUAAGAUUGACGUUGAUUCGAUGACUGAGCUUGCCGGACUGAGAGAGGAUACGAUGCUAGACGCAGCGCACCAUGAUGUCGAAGAUCUUGCGUCCCCAAAGCUGCGCCAGACGCCCACAGAGCAACCUUUCCAGCCUGCCAGCUACCAAACGGCACCGCGGCAGGUGUCGCUACGCCGCCAAACCUUGACCAACCGCUUCAAUGCUGAGGCUGUCGACCAUCGUGAGCUCUCGUUCGUGGCCCCACUGCCUGGUGACCGGAUGAUGAGCCUGUCCUUGAGUGUGUCUCGACCCGUCAGCAAACGACAUCAGCCUUGGGUGGCCAACGUUCCGUCCUCACCGUCGAAGGUCGACUCUAGCUUUAUGCUAAGCGAUUUGCCAGACUUCACCGUACAUGAGGAAGACGCGGAGCGGCCAUCGGAGCGUGCCUUGGCCAAUCGACUUGCGCACCACGCAGCAACCGAAGUCAACGAUCGAUAUGCCCUGGCUGUGAAGGACCUGGUCAAGACUUUGACGGAUGUCAACCAAUGCGAGCCCUACUGGGAGGACUUGAAGCAGCUGGACCUCCACGGCCAAUCUCUAGCAUCACUGUACGGCCUCGAAGACUUCUCUGGUUUGCCUCAGACUGUUCGGAAGCUCAAUGCUCGGUCGAACCAGCUCAGCAGUCUGACGUCCUGGAAUCACCUGAUGAACCUGCAGUACCUGGAUGCCUCUCACAACAACCUGGAGAACCUUAACGGACUCGGCUGCUUGAUUCACCUGCGUGAGCUGCGAGCGGACGACAACAAGAUUGCUAGCCUCGAUGGAUUGUUUGAGCUGGAGGGCUUGCUGAAAGUUCGUGUGCGGCGAAAUGAGCUGAGCAAAGUGGACUUCUCGGGCAGCCAGCUACAGCAUCUUACCUCGCUCGACCUGUCUCAGAACCACAUCGGCAGCAUCGAAGGAUUGGAUGGCCUGUGUUCGCUCAGAGACCUGAUCCUGGACGGCAACGACUUGCAACAAGGCCUCCAGGUCGCGCAUGUCAUGCCACACUUGACCUCUAUCUCGUUGCGGGACUGUAAGCUGCAGCACCUAGAUGUCUCCAACUUCCCGGCUUUGACGCACCUAAUCGUGGAUGAGAACUGCUUGUCGACCAUUGAAGGACUGCCUCUGCUUAAGAACCUGCAGGUGCUGUCGAUCAAGCGGCAAGAUCUUCCUGAAGGAAAGCAGAUUACGCUCUUUGAUCAGCCAUUUGACACACGGACCCUGCAACUCUCGGGCAACGUAAUCUCUUCAAUCGAUCUUGCAGCAAGCUUCUUGAGCAUACAGCACUUGGAGAUGGCUUCAGUCGGCCUACAAGAGCUUCCAGAUGACUUUGGCCUUCGGAUGCCAAACCUGAGAUCGUUGAGUCUCAACUUCAACAACCUGAAAGACAUCCGGCCGCUGCUUAACAUCCACGGUCUCAAGUACUUGGCUGUCUGUGGCAAUCGCCUGCAUAGGCUGCGGAAGAGCGUGGCAACCGUCUCGAAGAUGAAGAGCCUGCAGACGCUGGAUAUGAGGGACACCCCGAUGACGCAAGGGUUCUAUCCUUCCAUGGCGUCGACACUGUCCAAGAGCACCUGCCUCAUCCGCCAGAAUAUAUCGCAGGCGCUAGAGGACGAGGACGAACAUGCCAUAGCUUUCGAUUCGGCACGGUAUCAAUACCCAGCCGCCGAUGUCGAGCAAGACAAGCAGUACCGCUCUCGCCUCGACGAAGACACGAAGCUGCGAAGGCGAGUGCACGAGAUGCUGUUGGCGUACAGCUGCCGCUCAUUGACGGAGCUCGAUGGGAUGAAGAUAGAUCGAUCGUCGUUGGGUACUCAGGAUUCUGUCUGGCGGCGCUUGGUGGAGUUAGGAGUGGUCAGGCGGUCCGGAGAGGGCGAUGGCAAUACCUCCGGAGGCCAUAGCGCGGCCGGAGAUGUUGGUAUGCGGCUCUUGUCAUGA